UAUUUUUUUAAGGAUUAUGAUUGGGUCUAAGCUAAGCUCCCUUUUUGGGAUGGAUAAAACCAACAACCAAGGUGGCAAUGAGUCGCUGACAUUUACAGCACCCAAACAGCCAAAGAAAACCAAAGAUCAACAACAGCAGCAACAGCCCCAAGGCCAGGGAGGCCAGUCAGCGUUACUACUAGCAGUAGCAGUCCAUGCAUACAGAUUUUCAAAUGGCACAUAUAUCAAACACGGGAAGCUUGGUGCAGCUAUUCUGGGUAACCACACAGCAAAUGAUUACAAGAUACUUCUAUACAUCAGCAAACAACAGCAAGUCACACAUGCAAGGAUAUCACCGACCUUUGCCUUUACAGUACAAGCAAACAACUAUGCAACAUUUUACGAUGAACAGAGACAAAACUGGUCAAUAAUGUUUGAAUCUGAACAGAAUGCUAUAGACUUUGCAAAACAGGUUGGUCUCGCUAAGGUAAACAGCAACGGUACUGCAACCAAGUCCCUUGUCUUCCAAGAUCUUACCAUCGGUCUAGGAGAUGCGGUCCAGAGUGGCGACUCGGUAGAGGUCAAAUACACAGGCUGGCUCUACACCAGCAGGUCGUUUGGAGAUGUAUUUGAUAGCAACACCAGUGUAGACAAACCAUUCCGCUUCAAGAUAGGGAAAGGCAAAGUAAUAAAGGGAUGGGAAGAAGGCGUAGUCGGUAUGAAGAAGAAUGGGCGUCGGUUACUCAUCGUCCCGCCCGCACUGGCGUACGGCAAGAAGGGUCUCGGUUCAAGGAUACCGCCAAAUUCAACUCUCCUGUUUGAUGUAGAAAUAAAAAAGCUUAAAUUUUCAAGAGAAAAGGAGGAAAGUGGUUCGCUUUCAUCGGACGCUACAGAUGGCUUGAGGUCUGAGGAGAGGGUCGGGUCACCAAAGGUCGGAAGGUCAAGAGGAGAUGUCUCAAGUGACAAUGAAAGCAGAAUAAAACACAACAACAAUUCAGAAUCACAACUAUCAACGAGUCCCUCAUCGAGUAAGGCCAAACUGAUCUCCCGAAUGGCCAAAAUGGGACAGCCCAUGCUGCCGCUGUCUGGCGCCAUCGUAGCCCAUGACAGCACAGACUCAGAGGCAGAUGAAGCCAGCGCGUCUUCGGACACAGGAGGCAUGUCGCCCUCGUCGGUACGUUCGACACCC